GGAACUCCCCUUUCAAGAAUCCUAGAUCUGCCACUGAUCGUGGACUAAAAUCAUAUGCUCGAGAAACUGAAGACAAGCUUUCUUUUGUUAUAAUACAGUGCUAUACAGUGUAGCAAUUAAGUUUCUAGCUAGAUAACAAGUCUUCAGGAAACAUCUUGCUCUGAUGGCUGUGAAGACUGGAUAUUGAUAUUGAGAAUCAUUCUAACUACUUAUCGUCUGGAAUCUCCUCGCCUGGCUUUAGAGGCAUCUCUUCACGUCAAUUUAGGUUGCUAGGCAACCAUAACACAUUCAAUAUGAAAUCUUACCAAUAACUUAGAAUAAAUAUUUCAGGCUUUCACACUGUCUAACAUUUUUAGUGGAUUUCUUAGUACAUUCUACAUUUCCGGACAUAAAUUUUGAAUUUGGUACAGUUUCAAAAUAAUUUCUACACAAGUUUACCAGUAUAAUGAUGAAAGCACCGCGGGUGCUGAUGCCUCGGUGGAGGUGUAAAAGCUACUUAACAUAAAGCUACUACUAGCUAUUAUAGCAAUAGCUUUUAUACACACACAUUAUAAUUUAUCAUGAUGAGCAUUAAUAAAUUUUGCUGUAUGAUCGAAGAGUGGGUAAUUAGCGGCCAUGAUUGUUGCUAAAAAUGAUCAAGGCCAAAAGUCUAAGUCUAAAAAAUAUGGCUGCAUCAGCAGAGCCUUGCAGCUCUCUUCUCACUCUUGCAGCUACCAAUAGCUAGCGUUCUAUUGCAGAGCUAACUACUAAGCAGAGUAGCAACAUUCCAUGGACAAGUUUUUCUACGCACUCUUCUGAAAAGUCUGCAGUGUCAUUUCAAGUAAGCAAAACUAGGGCAACUCAGAGAACUAAAUGAAGCAUUGUUUUGCAAAUCCAAGAAAACAUGACUAGAAGCCUAUAAAAACUCUUACUUGCACUUCGUUGAUCCUUGAGCAGCUGUAUAGCAGUCUACACACACAAACACACUACCGUAUACCUCCCUUGCGCAUGCGCACCGAGAUAUUACUAGGGGAAUGCUGGAAGCAUUGUGUGGGGCGAGCCUAGCUUAGCGAAGAGUAGUUGAAGUUGUAGUGAGUAGUAGACUUGCUGUUUCCUAAAGGUCUCUCUAACUGUAAAUCUCUCUUCCUAUUCAAUUCGAGCCUUUUGACAACAGACGAGCUCAUUAGCUCCUACUUGUUGUCAAACUUCCCUUAGGUGUCUUAGAUAUGGCAUAGGGAACGCCAUUGCCUCAGUUGUUGAGCUGUAUCAGUUUCAUCCAGUAGAAGUAUUGUUAUUACAGUCUUGCUGAUCAUUGUAAUUGCUUGUUAGAAAAUGCAGCGAUCGUCACGCUAAAAAGCUGGAUCUGACCGUGGACAGACUUACAGACGGACAUAAAAGGACAGACAGAGAGACGGAUAUCCAGUCGCUGAGCUUCUUUGCAGUACUCGCUACUAUGGGACAAGCCUCAUACAGGGCUUGCCAAAAGGGAGCCCAUAGUUUGGAAAAAAUGGCUGGAAGAUAAUGCACAUAAAAUGUGUAAAGGCAAUCUUUCUGCUCAGAAAGUAUAUGGAGAACUCCUUCAUAAGCGUGACACACUAUUUGACGGCACUGCCACUCAUGGCCUUGCUAGAAGUUGUCCAUCUUUCACUCAGUUUGAAGAUAUAAAGAAAAUUGUUUCGGAAAUGCCUAAAUACCAGUUAACUGAAGAAGACGCUGAUGGUGAUCUCCCAGUUCACAGUGCCAUUAAUAGUAAGGCAAAGCAAGAGGUAAUUGCCUUAUUUGUUGAGGGAGAUUCUGAGCUGCAAACGACUAUCCUAUGUACAAAAAAUCAUCAAGGAAAAACCCCUAUCAAAUUAGCAGUGGACAUACGGCACAAUAGCGCCAUUGAACUGCUUUAUAAUCUAUGUGUUACACAUAACAUCUUGCCAAGUUUAACUGGAUUUGAACAAAGCGGAAGUGCAUCUACCAUUCUUCACACUGGUUUUGAUGGAGGCGAUACGUCGUAUUGGUCGGAAUUUUUGAAUGUUGUAAUUAACGCGUGCAAAAGGGCUGCACGGGAUAUUCUUCCAACUAUAACAGUUUUUGAUGAACGUAACUGCACGCCUUUCCAUUAUCUGAUGAAUUGCAUGCAGCGCGACCACCGAUAUAAGCUGGCUGGCUUCCAAAGUGUGCUUGAGCUAUUGAGAGAGAAUAAAAUUGAUAUAAAUUCUGUAUUCACUGAUUCUAAGAAGAGAACAAUGCUUCAUGAAGCCAGGCGCACAAAUCACGAUUCAUGCUCCGAAAUGUUGUUUCGUUAUGGUCACAAAGAUAAUGUCGAAGAUAUAGACGGGAUAAAACCAUUUCAGAGAGAUCAUCAAAGUACUUCCAUUUCUCUUCCUCCGACUGCAAGCUCUGAGAUACCUGGAGUACAGCAGCACUCUAAAAGUGAAUCAAAUUCAAGUCUGGAAGAUACUCCUGUAUUUUCCACCUCAGGCGUAUUGUCCCCUGUAAUGGAACCUGUAUGUAAGAAGAUAAGAAUGAGUGAUCAAUAUACACCAGCGGUGACACAAUUUGCUACUAUAACAACUGUUGCUCAACAAAUUGAUCGUGGAUGUUUUUCUACUUCUCUACUGGAAUACCCUCCCUCCCCUUUGACAGCACUUGAAUCACAAUCACUUGUACAAGAUCUCAAGGAUGUGCACACUAAGGUCGGUGAGGAAGCUACAUUCUCCAUUGUGACGUCUUCAGGACAGUUCUCAUACAACUGGUGCUUAAAUGAUCAGAGUAUACCAGAUGAUAAUCCUGACUACAGAGGAGCAACGUCAAAUAAACUGGUUGUUUUGAAGCCCUUGUCUAAACACUGUGGAAGUUACAAGUGUAUUGUCACUAACAAACAUCAUUCGGGUGUGCACAUAUCUUCAACUUCGGCAAGACUUACAGUUGGUAAAUUAGAUGGAACCAAAAUUGAAGCCGAAGAGUCCAAACUUCUUCAUACAAUAUUGACAUCAAUGCAAAUUGAUAAACUGGAUAUUGAGCUUGAUAGUGGAACAAGUAAUGUGACAUAUGAAGAGCUCCAAAUAAUCUUUGGCCAGACUUUGCAAACAUCAUAUUUAUCAACUGACCUGCAACAAAGGUUGACAGCACGGAUAGAGGAUGAUAAAAUCUAUGAAGAAGCGAUAAAAAACGGUGACAUUAUCCUAUUGUUUUAUCUCAAAAUGCUGGCUAUUGGACCAGGGCAAAUAGGAAAGUCAACAUUUGUUCGUAGAUUGCUUGGGAUAAUGAAAUGGGAUAUCAGCGAAGAUCCUGACAAGCAACCGCCUAGAAGCACUGGCCUUUCAGAAUAUAAAGAGGCGUUCCUAGUCUAUAAUCACGAAUCAGUAGCCCUGUCAACUGAACGAAGUUGGGAAAUAUUUGGUGAAUCAGACAUAGGUAAGGAAUUGAGCGCACUCGUGUCCCUUCUAACCUCUCAGACUAAAUCUAGAAAAGCAAGCAAAAUGGCUACUGCUGAAAAACCAGAAAAGACUCUGUCUACGUCUGAUCAUAGCAGUGAUUCUGUGCCUCCUAAUCAUACAUCUGAUACUGCAGAUAUAGCUGCUGUUUCUACGAAUGAAAGUUCUCAGAGCACUACUUAUUCAGUCUUUGAGCAACCACCUACUGCUAGCUCUUGUCCAGAACUUCAGAAUUUACCUCAAAGCGAGAUUGAUCAAACUUACAAAGAAUUUGAGGAGCUACGUACUAAAUUGAGCAAUUCUCCCAAUGAUAAUGUAGAAUCACUACAUGCUAUAAUCAACAUAGUUGAUGUGGGUGGCCAGCCUGCUUUCUUGGAAUUGUUACCAUCCUUGACAAUUGGGCCCGCAAUGUAUCUUGUGUUCAUGAAACUUCUUUGGGAAUUGCAAACUCCACAGGAUACAAAAUGCAAAUUUCAAAACGAUAAAAAAGCUUCUAUCUGUGAGAAUUUCAAAUAUACACCAGAAGAAGUUAUUUUCACUGCUCUCUCAUGCAUUGCAUGCUUUGGUCACUUGGAUGAGGAGGUAGAAAAGUAUAUAGCCCCAGCCGAUAGUAAGAAAAUCAACUCACUUGUAUUGAUUAUGGGAACCUAUGCAGAUGACCUCACAUCUUGUGAUAAAAAAGGUGAAGAGAAAGCUGAAGAGAAGGUAAAGGAAACUAAUAAGCAACUUCAUGCUAAGCUGGAAACCACUUCUUUCUAUAAGGACGAUCUAAUUGAGUAUCAUAAGAAUGAUCUUGAAGUUCUUUUUCCAAUUAAUAAUAAAUCUGGGGGCAAACCUGAAGUCGAUAAAUAUAGACAAAUUAUUACAGACCUAAUUGAAAGCAGAUUCCGUAAAUAUAAAAUCCCUGCACGGUGGUUGAUGUUUAGCAUUUGCUUGAAGAUUCUUGCUCAGAAAAAGAAGAGGAAAGUUAUAGAAUUUACAGACUGUGUUGAAAUCGGCAAAUUUUUUAAAAUGAACGAAGAUACUGUUAAAGUAGCUCUUAGAUUCCUUCACAAGUACAUUGGGCAAGUGAUGUACUUUCAGGCAGAUGAAAAGCUCAAAGAUAUCGUCAUCUGUGAUCCUCAAGCUGUUUUCACUUCUAUUAGUGAGCUCAUUUUUAAUAUUUAUGAUCCACCGAAAAGAAAAAUUGGACCGUCUGAGGUCCAUCGCUUCAAACAAAAGGGCUUCUUUUGUCAUAAAGAUCACAACAUUGAGGCCAACGUUACUCAAGGAAAUCGUUUACCUAUUAAAGACCUACUACCCUUGUUAGAGUAUCUAAACAUAGCUGUUCCAAUAGUUGUGGAUUCAAUUGAUGGGUAUUUUCUUCCAGCAGUACUUCAAACAGCCAAUAGUGAGGUGUUGAACAAGCCUCCAGAUGGUGCAGAUUAUGAAAAAGAUCCAACGCCGCUUUGCAUCUGCUUUAAAACUGGUUUUGUGCCAUUGGGGUUUUUUCCUGCCCUAGUUGCUAAUUUGCUAAAUACUAACAAGAAGGAUUUGGAUUUACUUGGUAAAGAGCAAAAUGAACUGAUGUACAAAAAUAAAAUAACAUUUCGAUUUCGAGGACGGUAUAACAUUGCGCUGAUUUCCCGAGCCAAGUACUGUGAGUUUCGAGUAUCACGAGCCCCAGGUGCUGUUCGAGACGAAGAGAUCACCAAAUGUUGCCUACUAAUUAAAGACAUACUACAAAAAUCUAUCAAUGGUGUAAUAUAUAGAAUGAGACAGAAUUCUCUAUUUCAGCUGACACAGAGCUACAAUUUUGCUUUUAAAUGUCCUCAUUGUGAGAAAAGAAUGGGAAACGAAUCAUUUGCAUUGUUUAAUCUGGAAAACGUCAGGGACUUAAAGUGUAAGAGCUGCAAAAUUGCUGUGCAACUAACCCAUCGAAUGAGUACAUGGUUCCCAAAGGAUGUUGCUCAUGAUCGUCUUUCUUCUAUGGAGCCAGGUGAAUUUCCCUCUGUUACAGUAGAUGUGUGUAAGAAAAGGGACCAACAACUCGAUCAAGAAAUCCCUGAGAAAUUUCCUCACGUUCGCAUGCACAAGGCUUUGACAAUUAACGAUCUACAACAUGUUUAUGAGAAACUUGAAAAUGCAAGCCCUCACUGGUUCAAUCUGGGAUUGGCUCUAGGUCUAACUCAUCUUGUUCUCACCAACAUCAAUAUCCAGUAUCAUCAAGACAGUAUGUCGUGCUUGCGUGAAAUGUUGGCUAAGCUCCUGGGUACACAACAUGUAACAUGGAGUCUCCUGUCAGACGCUCUCAAAAAGCCAACAGUGCAUCUCACCAAUUUGGCUGAUAGUAUCACAGAAUCAUCAGAUGAGGAGCAUCCAAGCAUAAACUAAUUGUGACAAAAGUAAUAACAAAACGGUCGUCUCUAAUCCGAUUGUUUUGACACAAUUAAAGGACUUUAACAAAUUGUGAGAAGCUGAAGAAUGCUCGCAAAGAUUGGUUUCAUUUGGGAAUAUAAUGGCAUUCAGAGUUAAAAGAUAUUGACAAUACAACAAUAAUAAGCUGUCUAACCGAGUCCUACACAUGUCUUGAACUUCUUCAGGAUUGGUAAAUUAAGGAAAUUGUACAGGAAAUUUGCACUAUCCUUUGUCAGUACGUUUGCAGGAAAGAUGCAGAUUUUAAGGCUUGCACUGUAGCAGGAAUUUUAAUCCUGUGCAAGACCACCAUGUAUUUAACCAACCCACAGGAGAAUGGCUCAGGAAACGUUCCAAACCUCAACCAUAUACGUCAGACUGCAAAUAAGUAUUGAGUCAGAGGACUAUAUAUAUACAACUCGGAUACAAACUCAGCAUACCACCCAAGCGAUCAUUGUUAGUGCAAUGGCCGACACAGGCUGUCAGAGUUGCUUGGCAGGCCUCCAAGUGGUUAAGAAACUUCUACCAAAGACCUAAUCCCUGUUGACCUCAAGAUGCACGCAGCGGACAACCACAACAUACAAAGAGGUGCCAUAAUACUGCGGUUCUCUGGAAAAAACAGCAAGGGAGAAGAGAAAUCAACCAGGCAAAUGGUUUACGUUACUAAUUGUACCGACAAAUUGUUCCUGAGCAGAGAGGGAUGCGCGGAUCUGGGAAUAAUCCCACACAUGUUCCCAGCAAAGGCGAUCCCAUCAGUGCAUCACACCAAGAAGAAUGUGAGAUUCGGGAACGCGAUUCCAUCAGUGCUGCCACCACCUCACACCAAGAAGAAUGUCGAUGCCCCAGAAGGACCAAGCCACCACCACGCCCUACCUCCGUGCCAUUCUCAGCCACAGAGGCCAACAGAGAGUCGCUCCAGCAAUACCUCCUGGACUAUUACAGAUUUAGCACAUUCAACGUCUGUGAACACCAAACCCUGCCCAUGAUAGACGGUCCACCAAUGCGACUACUAAUCGACACCCAGGCAACCCCUACGGCUCAUCACUCACCUAUCCCUGUGCCCCUUCAUUGGCAAGACGAGGUCAAAGCUGAUUUAGAUCGAGAUGUGAGACUAUAUAGGCGUCCUCGAACCGGUACCCAUGGGAGAACCAGUCACAUGGUGCCACCGCAUGGUAAUCUGCGCUAAGAAAAAUGGCAAGCCAAGACGAACCCCUCAAUAUCCAUGCAACCAGAGAAACUCACCAUACUCAAUCACCUUACCACCAAGCAAGAUCCAUCCCCCAGGGGAAGAAAAAAUCUGUAUUCGAUGCAUGGAAUGGAUAUCACAGUGUACCCCUCCACCCUGAAGAUCGACACUAUACAACCUUUAUCACACCUUAGGGUCGCUACAGAUACCGCACAGCCCCACAAGGCUACAUCUCCUCGGGAGAUGGCUACACCAGGAGAUAUGACGAAAUCGCCUCCUCUAUACCCAAUCACACCAAGUGUGUGGAUGACGCCCUCCUGUGGUCUGAUACUAUUGAAGAGAGCUUCUUUCAAGCGUGCAACUGGCUAGACCUUUGUGGCAGAAAUGGCAUCACCCUCAUCCCAGAGAAAUUUAGGUUUGCCCAAGACGAGGUUGAAUUCGCUGGCUUUGAAAUCACGAAAGAUACAGUGCGAUCAUGCAAGAAGUAGCUAUCUCCGACUUCCCCACUCCACAGAACCUCACAGCUUGGUUCGGUUUGAUCAACCAGGUAUCAUACGCUUUUAGUAUGAAUGACACAAUGCUGCCCUUCUGAGAACUGCUCAAGCCUAGCAAUAAGUUUCACUGGGACGACGAUCUGCAACAAGCCUUUGACAAGUCAAUUGACCAUAAUUCCACAAUGGAGUUAAAAUCUUCGACAAAACGAAACCUACAUGUUUGGCUACCGAUUGGUCGAAACAUGGCAUAGGUUACUGGCUGUUUCAAAAACACUGCUCCUGCCCAUCUACUGACCUGUUUUGCUGUAAACAAGGGUGGAAGAUCACCCUAGUUGGGAGCAGAUUCACCGACGCUGCCGAAUCCCGGUAUGCCCCAGUUGAAGGCAAAGCACUAGCAGUGACAGAUGCCCUAGACAAAGCGAGACACUUUAUCCUUGGGUGCAAAAACCUAACUAUCGCA